AUUCUGGACAUCGUGUCUACUUGGCAGGCCUCACAGGAUUCUGGGAUGGACUUGUCUCUGUCGGAUUUAGGUGAUGGCCUUUCAUCAGAGUCACAGAGUGAGGAAGGCUAACCCCAGAAGUAAAGCAAUGGUGCUGUACAAGGAGCACAAAGCACACCGGGCAUGCAGCUACAAUGAGCACUCAGUAAAACGGUGUGUACCAUCAAAAUGUUAGGAGCCAACUCACUGUGCUUAUGUGGUGGCAUAUUGAUGCACCAUUGCUGGUAAUUCUGUGAGCUGCUAAAUUGUAUCCAGGGUAAUACCGUUGUAUUGUUAUUAACUGGUCAAAGUUCCUCCUUGCAAAAGUUGUACCGUAAAAAGAGGUCGUCCAUCACAUGCGAGUCAGGCAUUCACACUGAUAAUUCAAUUCUGUGCAGUCUUUGUGAGAGACCAUUUCUUAUCAUCCAGAACUAUUUAACACAUUCUAGAGCUACAUUUACUAGAAGAAACUCACUAGAAGAAGUCAAUGGCACAUAUUCCGACAGGAAGUCUUUCUCAAUGUCUCGACUGCUUUCACAGUAAUCUAAAUGUAUUCAUUAAUAUUCAUUGAAUAUCAUUUGCACCUCUCCCUGGCAACAUUGUGGUAUUUUAAAAGAAUGCGCUUGGCCUGCAUUAUGAAUACAAAAUAGGAGUGUUGAAUAUUGAAUCUAAAGAAUGUGAUUGUGAAUGGUUUAGUUUCACUUUUUAGAAACCUGUCAAGAUAAAGAACUGGUUGCUGCAAUCAUGAAGAGACGUGCCCCUCCCCCUCUCAUCACUACUGCAGUCUGGGAACGGUAUUACUUUGCUGACUGCGAGAUCAAAAUCAAAGAAUCCACUGAGUUCUAUGGGGCUGUUGUCUGGCCAUCGGCUUUAGUUCUCUGCCACUUCUUAGAAACCAAUCAAGACAAAUACAAUCUCGCUGAUAAGAAUCUGAUUGAAAUCGGAGCAGGAACUGGCCUGGUUUCUAUAGUUACUAGUAUUCUAGGAGCGAGGGUGCUCUCCACAGACAUGCCCGAGGUCCUGGGAAACCUGCGGUACAACCUCACCCGGAACACCAGAGGCAGGUGCAGGCAUGAGCCGGUGGUGAAGGAGCUCACCUGGGGGGUGGAUCUGGAGGAGAAGUUCCCCCGAUCUUCCACUCACUUCCACUACAUCAUGGCUGCGGAUGUGGUGUACAGCCAUCCAUUCCUGGAGGAACUUCUUGCUACCUUUGAUCACUUGUGCGAAGACAACACUGUCAUUUUCUGGACCAUGAGGUUCCGGUUUGAUAAGGAGAACAAAUUCGUGGACAGAUUCCAGACUCUUUUUGACCUGGAGUUAAUUUAUGAUCUCCCCAGUAUGAAAAUCAAGCUAUACAAGGCAAUGAGAAGAAAGGUGGGAACUGAAACACAGAGUAGAAUGAACUAGUACUGUACAUCUACAUCACAGUUAGAAUCAAUGUGGUGUACAACAUUAAAUAAUUCUGUCACCUACGUAGGAUUCAUGUUCUGCUUACAGUUGUUUUGUUUUUGUAUGAAACAUAUUUUUUUCCCCCAACAAUGAUUGCAGUGGUACCGAGAUGAUCUUAUUAUUCAUGCCUCCAUCUGUGUGCUUCCAGAAGGUUGACGUUCCCAGAGCACAAAUACAAAGUGUGUGGGACAAGUCUUCCAAAGUUAGUUUUAAAUAACUUUAGCAUAACAGAGGCAGACGUGUUAAAGGGACUAGGAGCUCUUA